GUGAUGUUUACCAUAUCACGGUUUGCAUGCAAACAGCCAUUAUUUUCAGCCUCACUUCCUAGCAAAGGCUCUCUUGAUAUCUAUAGUUUUGCCAUUAUUCACUAGGAAAACCAUGAAGCUUCAUGUGGAAAUUCUCUCUCGGGACACCAUCAAACCCUCUUCACCGACCCCACACCACCUUCGCCAUUACACUCUCUCCUUCAUCGAUCAAAUUACACCUCAAAUUUUCAUGCCUUUUAUUCUCUUUUACUCGAGAGAUGUCGAUACCGAUCUUAGCUGCGUAGAGCGCCAAGAUCGGAUUAAGAAAUCUUUGUCCGAGGCCUUGGUACUGUUUUACCCGCUAGCAGGACGAGUUAAGUACAAUUCCCAUGUUGAAUGCAAUGAUGAGGGUGUCGACUACGUGGAAGCCAGAGCCAACUGCAAUCUUUCCGAAUAUUUGGAGGAUCCAAACCCUUCUGAGCAUAACAAAUUCCUGCCAUAUGAACUGGACGAUGCUAAUGAAGUAGCCCUUGCCCUCCAAGUCACAUCUUUCACUUGUGGUGGGAUCGUUAUUGGUCUGGUGUUCGCCCACAAGGUUUCAGAUGCUUCCUCAUUCUUCUUGUUCAUCAACAAUUGGGCUGCUAUUGCUCGUGGUAGCAGUAACAUAGCAGUUCCACGAUUCGAAUCUGUGACGAUAUUCCCCCCAGAAACUUUUCCAAGCUAUAGCGCAAGUAGGGGAACUGGAAAGAACAAGAUUGCUAUAAAAAGAUUUAUCUUCCAUUCUGCUGCUAUAGCAGAUCUCAGGAGCAAAUACAGCACUGACAACACAAACAUCGAAUACCCACGUCCCACUCGUGUCGAGGCCUUAUCCGCUUUCAUAUGCAACCGCUUCCUCGCUGUCACUCAACAAGAAGCAAACCCCAAUAAGGUAUGCACUUUGAUUCAAGUAGCAAAUUUGCGAACGAAGCUGGAGCCGCCCCUUUCGGAAAUUUAUUUUGGGAACAUGAGCAUGCCAACAGGUUCGGUAGUCUCCAAUAACACUAAGGAUGGUUUCCACGGCAUUGUUAUUCCAAUGAGAGAUGCCAUAAAUAAAAUUGACAUGAAUUAUGUGAAAAGUUUCCGAGAGAGUACUGGUGCCAACGGGAAUUUCAUUACCCAAAACUCAGAAAGAUUCAGGAGAGGAGAGGUGGCUUCCUUGGCCUUCACUAGCUUGUGCAGGUUUCCUAUUUAUGAUGUGGAUUUCGGUUGGGGAAAGCCUGUGUGGAUAGGCUCAGCUAGAUUGCUGUACGCGAAUAUAGCUACUUUCUUCGACACAAAAUCAGGGGAUGGAAUAGAGGUAUGGAUUAACUUGGAGGUGGAGGACAUGGCUAAAUUUGAAGUUGACAAGGAGCUUCUAUCGUAUGUUUCGUCGACCAAGGUUUCUGUGGAUUAGGCCAUGCCAUGACGUCCUAAUGGACUGAUAAUAUUGUUCUAGGUGGACAGUGCAAAUAUGUCUUUCGACGUUUUAAGCAUGGUUUAGAUCUCUUGGUUUGGGAGUACUGAAAGUAGAUUAAUCUAUAUGGUCUUUUUUUUUUUUUUUUUUGAAGCAAGUGUGAAAUAAGUUUGUUUAAUAAUGGGUACUUUUAGUAAGAUAAUAUCAAAUCCCUCGGGUGUAAGGUCCGACUGAAAAUUGGAAUAAUGUGUACUUUGAAAGAAACUUGGAAUAUGAUCAUUAAUGCAUGGUGAUAGUGGCCUUUAGCUAUUUUUGGUUUUGAAGUGUAUAAUAUGAAAAACCUCACCCGGCAGGUAUCUUAAAAU